GACAGUGACUUAUGAGUUAUAUAAUAAUAAUAAUAAAUAAAUACAAAACCCAGAGAAGACGGAAUAAACAAAAAAACAGGGCCAGGAAAAAUGUCAAUCUUCCUCUGUUUCCUCUUCCUCAUACCUCUUAUCUUUAUCUUCUUGAAAAGUAUCAAACCUUCGAAAUGGAAGCUUCCUCCGGGCCCAAAGAAGCUUCCGAUCAUCGGAAACUUACACCAACGCCGAGAAUUACACCCCAGGAAUCGUCGGGAUCUUUCCGAAAAGUACGGACCAAUCGUGUUUCUACGAUACGGAUUCGUCCCCGUGGUCGUGAUCUCGUCAAAAGAAGCAGCAGAGGAAGUUCUCAAGAUCCACGAUCUUGAGUGUUGUAGCCGACCAGAGACGGCCGGGACCAGAGCAAUCUCUUACAACUUCAAAGACAUCGGAUUCGCACCGUACGGUGAAGAGUGGAGAGCGAUGCGGAAGCUCUCGGUGGUUGAGCUCUUCAGCUCCAAAAAGCUUCAAUAUUUCAGGUAUAUUAGAGAGGAAGAGAACGACUUGUGUGUCAAGAAACUCUCUGAUUUAGCUUCGAGACGAUCUCCGGUGAAUCUUGAGAAAACCCUUUUCACUUUAGUCGGUAGUAUAGUGUGUAGGAUAGGUUUCGGGUUAAAUCCCCGUGAGUGUGAGUUCGUUGAUGAAGAUAGCAUCGCGGAUCUUGUGCACAAGUCUGAAGUGGUCAUAAGGAAUUCUAUGUUUUCUGAUUUCUUUCCCGGAAGAAUCGGUUGGCUCAUCGAGUGGAUCUUCAGUGAGAACAAAAGAUUGAAUAGUCUUUACUCGGAAGUAGACACUUUCUUUCAGAAUAUUCUUGAUGAUCAUCUCAAACCUGGAAGAGAGAGCUCUGAUAUCAUCGAUGUGAUGAUCGACAUGAUGAAGAAGCAAGAGACAGAUGGAGGAGACUCUUUCAAGCUCACCACUGAUCAUCUCAAAGGGAUGAUCUCGGACGUAUUUCUAGCAGGAGUUGGAACAAGCUCCACUACAUUGGUAUGGGCGAUGACCGAACUGAUCAGAAACCCGAGAGUGAUGAAGAAAGUGCAAGACGAGAUUCGGACAACAGUUGGGGAUAAAAAGGAGAGAAUCACAGAAGAAGAUCUAAACCAACUUCACUACUUCAAGCUUGUGGUCAAGGAGACAUUCAGGUUACAUCCAGCAGCUCCACUUUUGCUCCCAAGAGAGACAUUGUCUCAUGUCAAGAUCCAAGGCUACGAUAUUCCUGCGAAAACACAGAUCAUGAUCAACGCUUACGCGAUUGCACGUGAUCCAAAACUAUGGACAAACCCUGAUGAGUUUAACCCUGAUAGGUUCCUUGACAGCUCCAUAGAUUACAGAGGACUGAACUUUGAGCUUUUACCGUUUGGAUCUGGUAGGAGGAUAUGUCCAGGGAUGACAAUGGGGAUCGCCAUUGUUGAAUUGGGAUUAUUGAAUUUUCUUUACUUCUUCGAUUGGGGGCUGCCGGAGAAAGAAGAAGCCAAGGAGAUCAUCACCGGAAAUGAAGUUGCUCUUGACCUUUUUCAAGUUUUUCUCCACUGAAUAUAUGGUUUGGUUAUGGAAUGUUUGUACUAUACACUAAGCUUGAUUCUAAAUCAAUAACACUAAAGAUAGUAGACACUAUGGUUAAUCUUCCAUUAUUAUAAAGGGUCGUUCUGAAA